GCGCCGCCUCACGUGACCACCUCUCCAGCGCCGGAAGUGAACGGCACGGCGCCGGAAGCGGCCGGCGGAAGGUCCUCGUGGAGUAGACGCCAGCAUGGGGCAGUCGGGGCGGUCCCGGCACCAGAAGCGCGCGCGCGCCCAGGCUCAACAACGCAACCUCGAGGCCUACGCCGCGCAGCCACACUCGUUCGUGUUCGCCCGGGGCCGCGCGGGUCGCGGCGUCCGGCAGCUCAGCCUGGACCUCCGGCGGGUCAUGGAGCCGCUCACCGCCACCCGCCUACAGAUACGCAAGAAAAAUUCUCUGAAGGAUUGUGUGGCAGUGGCUGGGCCCCUUGGGGUCACGCAUUUCCUGAUAUUGAGCAAAACGGAGACUAAUAUCUACUUUAAGCUGAUGCGCCUCCCAGGAGGCCCCACCUUGACUUUCCGGGUCAACAAGUACACACUGACACGUGACGUGGUCUCCUCGCUGCGCCGCCACCGCAUGCACGAGCAGCAGUUCACCCAUCCCCCCCUCCUGGUGCUCAACAGCUUCGGCCCCCUGGGCAUGCACGUGAAGCUCAUGGCUACUAUGUUCCAGAACCUGUUCCCCUCCAUCAACGUGCACAAGGUGAACCUGAAUACCAUCAAGCGCUGCCUCCUCAUCAACUACAACCCUGACACCCAGGAUCUGGAUUUCCGCCACUAUAGCAUCAAAGUUGUCCCUGUGGGCGCAAGUCGUGGGAUGAAGAAGCUUCUCCAAGAGAAGUUCCCCAACAUGAGCCGCCUGCAGGACAUCAGCGAGCUGUUGGCCACGGGUGCGGGACUGUCAGAGAGUGAGGCAGAGCCCGAUGGCGAACACAACAUUACGGAGCUACCCCAGGCCAUCGCAGGGCGCGGCAACAUGCGGGCCCAGCAGAGCGCUGUGAGGCUUACUGAGAUCGGACCUCGGAUGACGCUGCAGCUUAUCAAGAUUCAGGAGGGUGUCGGGGAGGGGAACGUGCUCUUCCAUAGUUUCGUGCACAAGACAGAGGAGGAGCUGCAGGCCAUACUGGCAGCCAAGGAGGAGAAGCUGCGGCUCAAGGCCCAGAGGCAGGACCAGCAGGCCCAGAAUGUCCAGCGUAAGCAGGAGCAGCGAGAGGCCCACAGGAAGAAGAGCCUGGCGGGCAUGAAGCGGGCACGGGCAGAGGCUGAUGGGGACAGCGAUGCUGAGGACCCUGGGGCCCCCCCAGAGGCAGAGAGGGCUGGCCAGCAGGAGGAGGAGGAUGAAGCGGAGUACUUCCGCCAAGCAGUGGGCGAGGAGCCUGACGAAGACAUGUUCCCAGAGGCCCAGCGGAGACGGUCCACCAGGCCUCCAAGCAAGAAGCAGCGGUUCAAGCAGCGGAGGCCAGACCGUGGUGCCCCACCCUGCCCAGCCAACAUCUCAGCAGCUGCUGAUCGAAUCCUCAGUGGCUUCCAGGAAGGCUUCCUGUGGCCCAUUCUGGUGACCGAGUUUCUGGUGGCAGUGGCUGGCAACAGCCUGGCCCUCUACCGCUUCGGCACACAGGAGCAGCGCCCAUGGCACCCAGCUGUGAUCUUCUCAGUCCAGCUGGCUGUCAGCGAUCUGUUCUACGCCCUGACACUGCCCCCGCUGGCUGCCUACUUCUACCCACCCAAACACUGGCGCUAUGGGGAGGCCAUGUGCCGCCUGGAGCGUUUCCUCUUCAUCUGCAACACGCUGGGUAGCAUCAUCUUCAUCACCUGCAUCAGCCUCAACCGCUACCUGGGUGUCGUCCACCCCUUCUUCACCCGAAGUCACCUGCGUCCCAAGCACGCCUGGGCCAUUAGUGCCGCGGGCUGGGUGCUGGCGGCCCUGCUGGCUGCACCCACCCUCAGCUUCUCCCACCUGACGACACCACAGCAAGAAGGCCGCUGCUCCGUGUCCAGGCCUGAGGCCUGCAUCAAGUGCCUGGGGACUGCGAGUGACAACCAGCUCAAGGCCUACACAGCCUAUAGCCUGGUGCUGAUGGCACUGGGCUGCGGCCUGCCGCUGCUGCUCACCCUGGCAGCCUAUGGCGCCCUUGGGCGGGCCGUGCUACGCAGCCACGGCAUGACGGCAGCCGAGAAAAUGCAUGUGGUAGUAUUGGUGGCCAGUGGUGUGGUGCUCUAUGCUGGUUCCUAUCUGCCCUACUUUGUCACACGUGUGAUCAACGUGUCUGCCCGGCAGCGCUGGAGAGCCCGCUGCCCCUCCUUUGUGGACGAGACUCAGGCUGUGAAGGCAUUGGACCUGGGGUCCUAUGUGGGCCACCAGGUGACGCGGGGCCUUGUGCCCCUGGCCAUCUGCAUCCACCCGCUGCUCUACAUGGCUGUAGCACCCAGCAUAGGCUGCUGCCACCAAUGCUGCCUUGGCUGCAAGGAGGGCCGGGCCUCAGAGAAUGCUGAGAGCUCCAGCCAACCCCUGCCCCUCACCGCCACAGACACCAAAACCUUGGGGCCCCUGUCCCCUGCGCUGAGCCCAUGACCUGACCUAUUUUGAGCCUCCCCCCCACAAGGCACUGGAGCCCAGCAGCCGAACGGGUGAGAGAACAGCAGGGGUCAAACCACUUCCCCAGAGGCCUGUCAUGG